AUUCGCCGUAAGAUCCGGGCACUGAAAUUCUUGCAGAGGAUUCCUAAAGUAAAGAAAAGCAAGUGCUCAUAUCUAGAGAAGGACUAAAUCCUCGGUGACAAAAUGAGUGAACAACUGAAAUUCAUUGUUCAUGAACUGGCAAAGGAGCCAUUCAACAAAAAAUAUAAUUUGAUCUCAUUUGAUUCCCUGGAAAGUAUUCAGCUAUUACAAGUUCUCAAUGAUAUCUUGGCUGUCGUUGAUCCAAAGGAAAUGGAAUUGCAACAAAUUGACAUCCGAGAAGAAAGCUCAGAUCAGACCGCCAUUAGGAUCUUCCACAUGCUCAGAGUGUUGAAGUACAAACCGCCAACAGAACACCAUGAUAUGGAAGAGAGAAUGGCUUUACGGUCUGCAUUCCGCUCUGGAAUUGUUCAAGGAGACAAGUUUGUGAUCUACCCAAUUCUGGAAUGGCUGUUUCGAAGGAUUCCAGAGUUGAAAAAGAGGGCAUACCUGGCCCAUUUUCUUUUCAAAAUUGAUGUUCCUGCAGAGAUCAUGCAAGAAGAUCAGAUACCGGAAUUGUAUUCCCAGUAUGAAGAGUUGAUGGAACAAUUUAAAGAGUUACACAAACAGAGUGAUAAUCUUAAGAAUUCUGGCUACAACACAACAGAAAUCAGGAAAGAUAUUUCUAACAUGGAGGAUGAGAAAGAACAGUUGAACAAGAGGAUAGAACGCCUCAAGAGAAAGGUGGAAUCCCAUCCAAACUCGCAAACCAUGAUGAACGUUGCUAGAAAUCUCCGCAUGGAACGAGACAAGGAGAAGAGACUGGCAGAGCAACGUCAGGAACAGUCUACUCUGAUACAGCACGAGGAACAAAAGAUUCGGAGGCUGCAGCAACAGCUUCAUGACACACGCCAGGCAGGUGUAGGGGCCACACCACAGAGCCUGCUGCAGAGGCUGGAAGAGGAGACAAGGACUAACAAAUACAUUGUCACGGAGAGGCUACCGAAGGACCUGAUGGCACGCAAAAAAACAUUACAGGACCUGCAGAAAGUUGUAGCGGAACCCGCAAUGGGACAGUCAGAUCUUGAUAGACUCUUGAGUCAGAUUCAAGAACUGAACACAGAGAUCAAUCAACUGAUUGAGAAGAGGAUGAGGACAGGUGACCCGACAGAUGACAAAUCCUCUCUAUUCAAACAACAGGCAGCCAUCAUUGCUCACAAGAAGGAGGCUGCCGUGACAUUAUACCGGGAGAUACGAGAGGAUUAUAACCGCACCAUGCAGGAGUUGGAUCAGAAACGGGACGUUGUUAAAGAAUCUGGCGGAGGGGAGGUGUUGAAAGGAGAGGAUUUCAAGAGGUAUGUGAACAAACUAAGAAGUAAGAGCACAAUCUACAAGAAGAAGAGACAGGAAAUAGCUGAACUGCGAGCAGAAUAUGGCGUUUUGUCACGUACUGAAGAAAUCCUUCGUAACAGAGACGAAAACAUAAACCAACAACUGGAAUUACUGGAAAACAAGAAAGGUGUGACGGGUUACCGACAGACACAGGAUGAACUGGAGAAGGUGUCCAGUGUUAAGAGUGGUUUGGAUGAACGUAAAGGCAAGACGCUGGAGGAUAUCUCUGAUAUGGUACAAAGAUUGACAAGGAAGAUUGCAGAGAAGAAAACGGCACUAGCACCCAUUAUAAAGGAGCUACGUCCCAUGAGGCAGAAAUCACAGGAACUAACAGCCAGGCAUGAGGAGAAGAAGCAGGCUUACGACACAGCUUCAGCAGGGAUGGAGAGUAACAUGUCCAAACUUGAACAGGAAGUACGUGCCUACCGAGAAGAGGUCACUCAGGACGAGGGUAGAUACCACUACCUAAACUGUAUGAUCAACAUGUUGGAAAUCCAGCAACAGAAAGUGGCAGACGAAAUGAAGACCUAUACAUCCUCAGACCCCUAUGCCAGGAAAAAGACAUUCAGAGAUAUAUUCCAAAGAAAGAUUCAAGAACAAGAAAAUCUAGGGAAGGGAUUGAGAGAACAACAAAAAACUGUAAGAGAGAGCCAGGGUCCAAGCAUGCGACAGAUGAAGAUGUGGAAAGAUGUUCAGCGGCUAAUGGAAUGUAAACUACGAUGUUACGACCAGACAGGAGGCAUUGCUGGCUCCACUGGUAUGGGAUACGGUGAGGCUCCACCGGCCAUGCUUGAGGAAGAUAGGCUUGUGAUGUAAAAUGGACUAUGGUAUCAUAAUUAAUUUAAAGUUAGCCAUCAUAUAUUUUCAUAUUAGAUAAUGAAAUAUGGAGUUUAUUAAUUUCAUUGUGAAAAUAUGCAAGAUACUUUUCUGUACAUUGAACUUGUAAUGAUGAAUGAUAUGUUUGACUUCUUCAGUUACAUUCCUGGAACAUUUCGUCAAUUAUUCCGUCCAAAUAAACUGUUGGUAUGAU